CCGUGUCCUGAUCCAGGGGCAGGGGUCUGCCGGAGCACGGCUAGGAUCCAACCGCAUGAGGAUUGCCUUGAAAAUGGUCACUUUGCCAAGAGGAUCCAGCAAGACUAGAGAAGACUGCAAAUUACCUAAGAUGUGAGAAAUUCUCCCUUAGCAAAAUAAAACCUUGUUUUCAAAAUGGACCGAAGUAAGCGGAAUUCAAUAGCAGGAUUUCCACCACGCUUGGAGCGCGCUGAAGACUUUGAUGGUGGCACUGGAGAAGGGACUGCAUCCCAGAUAGGAAGAGUUUGUACCUCUUCGUACAGAGCCCUGAUAAGUGCCUUUUCCAGACUUACUCGUCUUGAUGACUUCACACGUGAGAAAAUUGGCUCUGGUUUCUUCUCUGAGGUGUUCAAGGUAAGGCACCGAACUUCAGACCAGGUAAUGGCUUUGAAGAUGAACACACUGAACAGCAACAGAGCAAACAUGCUGAAAGAGGUUCAACUUAUGAAUAGACUCUCACAUCCAAACAUCUUAAGGUUUAUGGGUGUCUGUGUGCAUGAAGGACAGCUGCACGCACUUACUGAGUACAUCAACUGUGGCAACCUGGAACAGCUAUUAGACGGUAACCAGCAUCUGCCCUGGACAGUGAGGGUGAAACUGGCAUAUGACAUUGCUAUGGGAAUCAGAUAUCUUCACUAUAAAGGCAUUUUCCACCGAGACCUUACAUCCAAGAACUGCUUAAUAAAACAUGAUGAGAAUGGAUACUCAGCAAUAGUGGGAGACUUUGGGUUAGCAGAGAAAAUUCCUGAUCACAGUGAGAAGUUACCAGUGGUGGGGUCACCCUUCUGGAUGGCACCAGAAGUUCUCAGAGAUGAACCUUACAAUGAAAAGGCGGAUGUGUUCUCCUAUGGUAUAAUUCUGUGUGAGAUUAUAGCAAGAAUACAGGCAGAUCCAGACUAUCUCCCUCGCACAGAGAAUUUUGGAUUAGAUUAUGAUGCCUUCCAGCACAUGGUGGGAGACUGUCCCCCUGACUUCCUCCAGCUGGCCUUCAACUGCUGUAAUAUGGAUCCAAAGUUGCGUCCUUCAUUUGCUGAUAUUGUCAAAACACUGGAGGAGAUUUUAAACCGCCUGAGAAAUGAGGACUCGGAGAGAGAAAGAAAGUUUUUGAACCUUGACAACAGUGAAAGAAAACCCAAAGGGUCAAUUGAAAAAGGACCAGGAGUAAAACGUUUGAGUUCCCUGGAUGAUAAGAUCCCACCCAAGUCACCCCGUCCGCGUCGGAAUAUCUGGUUGUCACGCAGUCAGUCAGAUAUCUUCUCCCGCAAGCCUUCCAGGAAGAUAAAUGUGCAGGACCCCUACUAUACACCAAAUAAAGGGUUAGGCCGGAAAGUUAAUCCCUUCAGUGCCCGGGAGGACCUCAAGGGGGGGAAGAUCAAAUUCUUUGACAUGCCAAGCAAGUCUGUGAUCUCCCUUGUGUUUGACUUGCAUUCUCCAGAGGCAGGUGGAGGUCUGAAAGCCAGCCAGUCCCAGUUCCGGCAGGCGUAUAGCACAGACUGGCAAGAAUUUUCCCUUCUUCCUGGGAGGAGAUGCAGAUCACUUCCUCUCUCCCCAGAAUUGCCGCACAAGGAAUAUGGCCUAUUUGGGGGACUGUCUUCAACUGUCAGCAGAUGUGACCCAACCCAGCUAGGGGCAGAGGUUCGGCAAAAACUCCUGAGUAGCAGUAAAUAUGGUGUGUCAGAGAUUCCCCCCUUUCAAGCCAAGCCUCACAGGCCAGAAUUUCUUCCUGUACCAGGACAAGAAGAGGAUAUGGACUGUUCAGAUGGGCCGGUGGCCCAGGAGGAAAAUGGGUUUUGCCCUGUUGAGAACACAUGUGGAGAUCCAGCAUGUCAUCAACCAUUAGUGCUGGCCCAGCCUGAGCCACUAACUUACAAGAAGCUCCCAGCUGAGAAUUCAGUGAACUCUGGGGGACAUGGCUCCUCACAAGUGUUUGCGGGUUGUCUCCCUUCUGAAGAGAUGGAGGUGGAAGAUGACCUGCUGAAAAAUACUCCGCUAGAGUCUACAAAGCCUCUGUUCAGUGUUAGUCCUUCCACUGAGCUGAAGAGAGAGGCAUGGCCCUUCAGGGAGCAGGAUGGGGACAGUCCUGCCCUGUUGUCUCAGACCUCCUCCAAUGUCUCAGCAAGUGGCAGCACACAGUCAACUUGUGACAUAUGAAGAAAGGGCUCAAACUGAAUGUGUCCUUGAGAGAACAGUUGUUCCCAGUCUCUGUUUUUCUAUAGUGCUGGGCUUCACAUUUGAAAGAGACUCAGCAGAUGGUAGAAACUGGCCAUCAAACAGAUAGCUGCAGACAGCGUCUGGAGAGACUUAUUAUUUUAACUUUAUUUCAAACUGUGCUUAUUCCUUUCCCUGAUUUGCAUUAGGAAGGGGAAAAACUGCAGCCAGAAUGGCCAUGUGGGCCUCACAGUCCUUCCAAGAGGCAGCAGCCAGAGCAGGCACCAUUUAAACAGUUUGACCUGGAUUACAGCAUGGAGCAUUUCAAGGCCUUAAUCUCCAUGUUGGGUAGAAAGAGUGACCCUUAGGUUUUUCCUCUUCCUCUGACUGACCAGCUGCUCCAAACCACUGCAGAUUUUGCAUUAACAUUCUGCAGCAGUGCAUGUGAGUUGGAGUCUCUGUUUCAGAAAUGGGCACAGGGAUCUGUCAGAGCUAUGUUGAGCAGAUAGGAAUGCUUUCUGGUCCCGGAGCUGCUGUGAAUGCUGUUGCAGCAUUAAACAAGCUCUUCUUUCAAAAGCAGCAAAAACAAAAUCCCUCAUGCUGGUUGCAAUCUGCAGGGUGAAUCACAUGACAAGUACUUUGCGAUUAACAAGAAGAAUCUGUUCUGUUCCCUGGUGUUCCAUUUUCCCUUGGGAUUUGGUAAUGAUGUGUAAUAUAUUAGUGCAGGAAAGCAGGAUGCGGUAAGCACUGCUCUCCUCCUUGCACAGCUCUUCAUGUAUCUCAACCCAAAUGUGGAGGAAGAUUUGCCCAGGGCACAAGAGGAGAGCCAUAUUCCAGGCAUUGUAAUUUCUGGGCUUCUGGAGACACUGGCAGUGAAAGUAUCAGUUGUACUGAGCUUUUGGGAGAUGUGGGCUCUUAUCUCUGAAGAGCUGAAUAGACAUCAUGAUCUGUUUCUGCAGAAUAGUUAAAUACAAUAUGUAGAUCACAGCUGACUUUCCACUAAACUAGAAGGGUCACAUUCAUCUCCCUUUCUGUUACGACAUCCCAUUUCAUUGACAUCACUGCAGUAACGAUGGCUCCUUAUUUAAAACCAGACUGCUUGACAGAGGACAGGAAUCCCCUGUGCAGGGGAAGUUGCCAGCAGUGUUGCAGCCACACAAGUGCUCUUGGACGAGGAUAGAUGGUAGACUCACAGAAGGGCUUUGAAUUGUCAAACUGAAGAAAAUUAGCUUGUCCCAGAUGAUUUUUUUUCUUCUACAGAAAGAAGCUGCUGUCUUCAUUGGCUUCUCCUGUCACUGAAUAAGAUGAUCUUUUUCUUUUUUUUCUUUUUCCCUCCACCAGCAGGUACAUAUGAAAGAAGCAGCAGCAUGAGCUUUAAUGUUAAUGCUAUUUGUUGGAACCAGUAUCAGAAAUCCCCACUCUGGGAUGUGAUGUUUGGGAAGGCUUGUUCUGUGAUGACAUUUGUGCACCAUCCUGCCCUUUUCCACUGUCGUCCCAACAACAUGGGAUUUUUAGAUUUUUUAAAUUUUUUUUUUAAAACCUGUAUUAUCAUUCCUAACUGAGAUAUGCAUUGCAUGCCUGCUGAGCAGAUGGUGAUGCAGUGGAGACCAGAAUUUCACCCAGGUAGCCUGUUACACUCUCUUCCUGCUCUUCUUAAGGAUGGAAAAUGAAAGCUAGUCUCUGAUGGAAGCAGGAGUAUUCCUACUCUUUUCCUAUCUCAAAGAAAGGAUGAAGGAGAAAGCCUUAGUUCUUUCUUGGCUGAGAUGCUUAUCCUUCCAGAGGCGUAGGUAACAAUUCUGUGAGUUAUAAUUACAACUUCUUCUUGUGAAAUGUGUUAACCUGAGCAGCAGUUAUCCCUUUGCCGUGGCUGUGAAGAAUUAAAUGAGAAACCCAGCAUUGCUGAGUUACUUAGCACAGUCCAUGCCAGAUCAGGCAGCUGUCAGCAGUCUGAAAGAGAAAAUGCCUACCCUUACCAAGACCACCCCGGCUCACUUCUCUCUGCCUCUUGUAGGUGCUGAUCUGUAGAGUCAUCUGUCUUGUGUAUCCUGUCUGCAGAGUUCAGAGCAGCUCAUGUGGCUGGCACUCUGUGUGUCUAAUUUCCUUUGAGGACAGGGAAACAGCAGAACUCGGUUGCCAGCUAGUUGCCUGCCUGGCUUCUGCCCCCCCCCCCACUUUCUCUUUUUAUCUUUUAUACAGUUGUAAUCUUUCAGGAGGGAAACCAUCAGCACCAGCUUCUGUUGUCACAAGAUGCAUUUAGGUGUGUGACUUCAGCCAAACAAGCAAUAAUAAGGAAUAGUUUACUUCUGGAUCACUAGGCUGCAAAGAAGCUGUCCAGCAUCCUACACCUGCCUGCAGCUUCAUUGGAGAGCACACUUACGCCUCUGGCUGCUCCGUGGCUUGCAUUAGCCCUGGUUGUCAGUGCUGACACCUCAUCACAAAGCCUAUUGCCCACUCUGAUGCUGACUGCAAAGCCUGUGCAGUCAGGCUUGGGGUACCUCUAUGGCAGCCUUUACAGUGACCUCACCUUUUUCUUACACCACUGUCUCUUAAAAUGUUUCUCUGCUCUCUUACAAAGCAACAUGGAUAAAAUUUUCUUAAAUGUCCACCGUAAGCACAGCCAGCUGACACACAUAGGGCAUAUCUAUCAACUUUUCUAGCUCUGUACUGAGAUGGAGAUGUCGGAGAAAUGCCAAGGAAUAGCAGCUCAGGCCUUUGCUGGAUUCAUGGUCUGCAUGGGAAAAGAGGCGUGUGUAAGAAACUGGAGUAAAAGGCCAUUUUAAAAUAGCUAAGUGCUUGCUAAAACCCAGUGUUUCCAAGGGUCUGGAUGCAGUUGGCACUCAUUAAGUCUCAUCCCUUUGGUUGUGUAAAGCUGAAUCUAGGUUGCACCUAGUAAAUACUCCUAGGUUUUCUGCAUACCUGAGGGUGCUUUUCUACUGGGGGCCAUUUUCUGACAGGUACUGAUGAACAUGGACACGAACAUGUGGUCAGCAAACUCCCUGUUUUAUAGUGAUGUGACAAAGUUUUAUUGUGAUUGGAUUUUAUCAUGAUUUUUGACUUUCUUACGGGAGCAGUUCUUGCUCUUUUAAAACACUUUCUACGCAUUGCUAGGUUCCCCGAAGAGAUCAAAGAUAUUUUUAAUUCACUUUAAAUCUUUCUAUGUUGAAUUCAUUUAAAUGUCUGUUAUAAGCUAUUUUUGUUGAGGUUGCAGGUUGAUAAAAUGCAACUAAGAGAAUGCAUGUGAAUUGCUGCCCCUCAAAAGCAGUGCAGACAGGGGCUGUAGUAGACUUGUACUUGUUGGGAGAGGCAUUGAUGUAUAACAGAACCUUGGUAUUUUUUGCCAGUACAACUAAAGACACUUGAAUAAUUCCUGUUUGCACUUAAUGCUAUUGUUUAUAUUGCAUGUCACUACAUUUCUAUGCAAAACAAAUAACCUUUUCUGGGGAGGAGAGGCAGCCAGAUAUUUGAUUAAGUAUAAAGAUCUUUGCGAGAUGAUCUAUUUUCGUAUUUAUGAAGGAGUUUUACGUCUUAAUAUUUUGCAGUCUGUAAAUAGCUCAAUGUGUAAUUAAAGGCUUAGGAAGAAGUUUGUAGCCUGUGUAUAAUAGUAAGUUAACACUGCCAGAAAAAAAAAAAUCUUUGCAAAACAACUUUUCUAAUAUUGUGGAUAUUUAUGAAUAUGUAAAGAAAGCACGUCUUGUUUUUAUGUUGAUUGACCUUCUGACUUUUUUUGAACUAUAGAAAAUGGUGUAUGUUUUAUUGGAACUGCAAUAAGAAGUAACCAAAGAUGAAUCCAGUUAAUAUUUUCAUAAUUUUUUCUUGGUCAGGUUUUGUAAACUUUCCCAACCUGCUUUCAAAAUAAAAAUAAAAUCAAGGCCUGAGUCUUGUGAUUAAGAGGGCAACCCUAGGUUAAAAAAUCUGGCUCAAAUGCUUAUUUAAGCUAUGGAUGGCAUUAAUAUUCUGGCUUGAGAUCGUAUUCGCUAUUACUCAGUGCUGAAUUGUAAACAGG